CAUCCUAUUUGUAUAAAUGUAUAAUUCUUGGCCCACACUUUACAUAAUUACAAUAGGACCUCAGAGCUAGAUUUCAUAUUUCUAGUUUCAGAUGCAAGAAUGAUACACUUGUACAAAUAGCAUGACCACACUCAGCAGAUUACAAGCUCCGUACUGAUACCUUACAAGAGACCUUUUGCAUGAAGCAUAUUCCAGUUACAUUAUAUUCACACUCUAGCAUAUUUUCAUAAAAUCAUAUGGAGUGCAACGUCACACUCGGGAUUAACCCGCAACAGCUAAUGGUGCUCCUUAUGAAACAGUACUUGGCAAUCAAUGCUCAAACACCAGAAAUAAUACUCAAGGAAUUAAUACUCCUAAUGCCUCGACAUCCCUGAUUUAACCACUAGACCCCCCAACCCCAAGCUGGGGAGAGAACCCAGGAGUCCUGGCUCCCAGCCCCCCUGCUUUAACCCCACAGACCCCACUCCCCUCCCAGGGACAGGGAGAGAACCCAGGAGUCCUGUGUAUGUAGCAUGGAGGUGAGGCAAUAUCGACCAGUUCUGUGCUACCAUUUUUCCACUCUCCGACAGUAUUUGCACAGACCAGGAAUUCCCCUAUCCUUGCCAAGAGACUACAGCUCGACGUAGGCCCCUUCUCGAUGCGACACGUGGACAUAAUCCUAGGAUUCACUUCCGAGCCCUCCAGUUACCAGCCGGGCUCCGCUGGCCGCCAGGAUGCGGCCCGAGCGCGCCUUCCCCAGCCCCGUCGCCGCCCUCCUGCUCCGGGCCUGCCUGCUGCUCCCCCCGGCGGACGCCUACAUCCACGCGGUGACGGAUCACAACUCCAGCAUGGACUUCUCGGACCUGCCGGCCCGCUUCGGGGCCGUGCUGCCCCGGGAGGGGCUCGUGGGCUACCUGGUGGAGGCCAAGCCGAGCAACGCCUGUCAGCCCAUCGAGGGCCCCCCGGACUCCAGCAACGUCACCCGGUUCAUCGCCCUCAUCCGCAGAUACGAAUGCAACUUCGACAUCAAGGUGUGGCACGCGCAGCAGGCCGGGUUCGACGCCGCCAUCGUCCAUAACACGGGCUCGGACAAACUGCUCAACAUGGACUGGAACGAUGAGAGGAUCCGGGAGCAGAUCGCCAUCCCGUCGGUCUUCGUGGGGGAGACGGCCUCCGACUACCUGCGCUCCCUCUUCAGCUAUGAGAAGGGCGCCCACAUUAUCCUGAUCCCCGAGUACAUCUUCCCGCUGGGGUAUUACCUCAUCCCCUUCACCGGCGUGGUCGGCAUCAUCAUCGCCGUGAUGUGCACCAUCCUGAUCGUUCGCUGUGUGCAGCACCGGAAGAGGCUGCGGCGUAACCGGCUCUCCAAGGAGCAGCUGAAGAAAAUCCCUGUGCACAAGUACAAGAAAGGGGAUGAGUAUGAUGUCUGCGCCAUCUGUCUGGAUGAGUACGAGGAGGGCGACCGGCUGCGGAUCCUGCCCUGUGCCCACGCCUAUCACUGCCGGUGCGUGGACCCCUGGCUGACGCGCACCAAGAAGACCUGCCCCGUGUGUAAGCAGCGGGUGCUGCGGACGGCCGAGGACUCGGACUCGGAGGGCGAGGGGCACCCGCCGGGCGAGGAGGAGGAGGAGGAGCAGAGGCACUCGGAGCGAACCCCACUGCUUGGCCCCUCCUCCGCCGCCGGCACCCCCUCCUUCGGCAGCAUGGCCGAGGCGCGGGGCCCCCCCUCCGGCGAGGAAGGCUCCGAGGAGGAGCGACCCCCUGAGGGCCAGGGGGGCAGCAUCCUUGUCUGACCCCCGGGUGAGGCGGCUGGUUGGACUCCCCGGGGGCCUCUACCCCCCCGAGCUUUCUUGGUAUUUUAAACUGUGCACAAAACAGGGCCCCCCCGGCGGGGAUCUGGGCUUGGCCCCUCUUCCUGGGGUGUGGGGUGACCCCCCAGCUCCCCUGCAAGCCCUGCCCCGGGGCAGUGAUUAUGUGCCAAGUCUCCAGGGCUGUGGGACUCGGGGUGUCAGGGCCUGGGGGGGCUUUUGCACAGCGCAGGGUGGGAGGGGCAUGGUG